CAGUCCCGACUCACAGACCCGUUCGCACGUGUGUUUCUCUGCAACGCCUGUGGAUUCUUAAGCCGUUUUUUCUGACCGUUACAUAUCAGUGUGCAGCUAAUCGUUCAUUCGAUCGUCGUUCAACUGUAUUUUUCACGUUCGUCUGAUCUCCAGUAAUGAUCACUGGUUGUUGGUGUACUUUUGUAUUGUUAUUUUUCAUUAGUGUAGUGGGGACAAAUAAUUGUGAUCCAGGCACGACGAGUGAAAUUUGAUUCCUGCUACAUGUAUAUGUAUAGCAGAUUUUGUUACAUUCUGUACAACGUAUAGAUGCGUAAUAGUGACAACGUGCGUUGGAAUUUUUAAAUUUUUUUUUUUUAUCUUUCCCGCUCUAAAAUAUAAUUUAUAUAUAUAUACAUUAAUACUUAUUAUGAUAUCGACAUAAGGUCGUCGCCAGAGGAAUUGACAUCUGAAAAACAGUAUCUACAGUAAUUAUAUUAACAAUACGUUUUACAAGUUUACACCAUGAACAGGUGUACAACAGAUGACAAUAGUGAGAUAAAACGGCCUUUAAAUCCAAAAUCUAAUGCAAAUAUUUUUGAAUUCAUUACAUACAGUUGGAUGUUAAAGCUGUUCAAAACAGGACAAAUCAGGGAAUUAGAUGAAACCGAUUUGUACACGACAUUGGACGAUCAGCUAGCAUCAUCAUUAGGUGAUAAAUUAGAAAAGGAAUGGCAAAUAGAAUACUCUGCAAAUUGUAAACCUAGUCUACUGAAAGUAUUGAUUAAACUAUAUGGGUUUAAAUAUAUAUCAAUUGGAUUUGUAUUUGCAAUGAAUGAGAUUUUUUUAAAAGCAUCUCGGCCCCUAUUAAUUGGCGGGUUGUUAGCAUACUUUAAUCCCGAUGGUUUCUACACUACUGACUUGAAAUAUGCAUAUAUUUAUGCAUCUGGUAUUAUAUUAACAUUGUUUAUGACAAUGAUAUUGCAACAUUCAGGUUUGGAAAAAAACUUAGAACUUGGAAUGAAGAUGCGAGUUGCUUGCUGUUCUAUCAUAUUUAGAAAGGCGUUGCGUUUAAGUCAAAAAUCUCUUAAUGAGACUACCGUCGGUCAAGUAAUAAAUUUGAUAUCGAAUGAUGUUAGUCGAUUCGACCUAGCAGUGACUACAAUGCAUUUUAUAUGGAUUGGUCCCUUGUUAACAAUUGUGAUCACAUAUUUUUUGUGGCAGGAAAUUGGAGUGUCGUCAUUAAUUGGAGUAUCUGUGUUUUUAUUUUUUAUUCCAUUACAAUAUUGGUUGGGGGAAAAAAUGUCUGAAUGUCGAUUGAAGACGGCCAAAAUUACCGAUGAAAGAAUACGCUUAAUGAACGAAAUAAUUUCAGGAGUACAAGUAAUCAAAAUGUAUACCUGGGAAAAACCUUUUGCCAAACUUUUAGAACACACCAGAAAGAAAGAAAUUAAACAAAUUGGAAGCACUUUAUUUCUUGGAAUUCUUAGUUAUUCGUUUCAAGCAGUUCAAUCUAGAUUUCAACUGUUUAUCAGUAUAAUAACAUUCAUAUUACUUGGAAACGAUAUCUCAAUCAGAAAAGUUUUUGUCAUAACUGCAUUUUACUCUGUAUUGCAUCAACCAAUGACAAAGUCUUUCGUUCGAGGUGUAUCGAAUUUAGCUGAACUUAAAAUAUGUUUGAAACGCAUAGAGAAUUUUAUGUUGCUCGAAGAAAAAGAUAGUGAUAUUCCAAAUCUUUCGAAAUCUGUCAAACCAUUAACAAUUGGAGUUUUAGAAUCACCAAAAUCCGACGUUAUUACAGACAAUAUUGAUGUUGAAAAAAACGCUAUAUAUUUAAAUAAUUUUAGUAUAUUUAUUUCGAACGCUACUGCAAAGUGGACAGAUAAUAAAACCUGUAACACUUUAGAAAACAUUAAUGUAAAUAUAAUGCCAGGAAGUUUGGUGGCAAUUAUCGGACCCGUAGGAGCCGGAAAAAGCUCAUUGAUACAAAUGAUUUUACGUGAAUUACCACUCUUCGAAGGCACAAUAUCCGUGCGUGGUACGGUAUCUUAUGCAUCACAAGAACCAUGGUUAUUUGCCGGCUCUGUUCAACAGAAUAUACUUUUUGGUUCACCGAUGGAUAAAGAGCGUUACAAACAAGUUCUAAGUGUAUGUGCAUUAAACACUGAUUUAAAAAAAUUUCCACAUGGCGAUAGAACUCUGGUGGGAGAAAGAGGAAUUACCUUAAGUGGUGGUCAGAGAGCGAGAAUAAAUUUAGCUAGAGCGAUAUACAAACAAACCGAUAUAUAUUUACUGGACGAUCCUUUGUCAGCAGUUGAUACUAGAGUUGGCAGGCAUUUGUUUGAAAAAUGCAUCAGAGAUUACCUCAGAGAAAAAACAUGUGUUAUUAUUACUCAUCAAGUACAAUAUUUAACUGACGUCAAUCAAGUUAUUCUAAUAGAUAAUGGUAGUAUAAUAGCUAAAGGUUCUUUUCAAGAACUACAAGCUUCCGAUUUGGACUUUGCAAAAUUACUCGAAUCUUCAGAUGAUACAGAAAUAAAUGAACCAGAAAAUGAUACCAACAACAGCUUAAACGUAAAUUUAGCCUCAAAUUUGCUCGGUUCUAACAAGAGUAUUUCAUCAUCUCAUAAUGAUGUUAAUAUUAAUGAAGUUCUAGCUGUAAAAUCGAAAAAUGUAAACAAAAGUCGGUCGUCUGGUCGCGUUUCGAUAAAUGUUUAUCUAUCAUAUUUAUCUGCCAACGGGAGUGUCUUUAAAAUAUUUUUUGUAUUUUUUUGUUUUAUUUUAAUCCAAGUAUUGACUACUGGCGGUGAUUAUUGGAUUAGUUUUUGGGUUACUGGCGAAAAUAAGAAGACAAUAAAUUAUAAUAAUAUAUCAAAUGAUAACAGUACAUUAUCGUCUAGUGAUACAAUCAAUACAUUAUUGUUUACGUCAAAUUUCCGACAAAUCUGUAUGAUCGUGUACACGGUUAUAAUCAUUUUUUCGAUCAUAAUCGUUAUCUUCAGGUGUGUGGUAUACGUAUCGUUCUGUAAGAAUGCUUCUAUACAUUUGCAUGAUCAAAUGUUCGAUAGUUUUGUUAAAGCCACUAUGUCUUUUUUCAAUACCAACUCUUCUGGUGACAUGUUGAACCGUUUUUCAAAGGAUAUCGGAGUUAUUGACGAAUUAUUGCCAUAUAUUUUUAUGGAUUGUUUACAACUAUCAAUGUUACUUUUGGGAAUUAUAUCUAUUGUUGGAUUUGUUAAUAUUUAUCUCAUGAUACCGACAUCUAUCAUGCUGGUAAUAUUCUAUUAUAUUAGAGUUUUCUAUUUGCCUACAUCAAGAGGUAUCAAACGAUUAGAAGGAGUUAAACGAAGUCCUAUAUUUGCACAUAUGAAAGAAACACUACAAGGUAUAACAACAAUAAGGGUAUGCAAAGUAGAACAAAUUUUAAUCAAUGAAUUUGAUAAGUAUCAAGACUUACAUUCUUCGGCUUGGGAUAUGUUCAUUUGUGCGAAUCAAGCGUUUGGUUUCUGGUUGGAUCUAGUCUGCAUUAUUUAUAUAGGUAUUGUAAUAUUCAGUUUCUUCGCUAUUGGAAAUGAUAAUUAUGGAGGAAAUAUUGGUCUAACUAUUACUCAAAUAAUUACAUUGAUCGGAAUAGUCCAAUGGGGAAUAAGACAAUUUUCAGUCUUAGAAAAUCAAAUGACUUCUGUCGAAAGAAUCCUCGAGUACAAAGAUUUACCACAUGAAGCUGAUUUUCGAUCUCCCUUUGAAAAAACACCUCCCAAAGGAUGGCCUUUUUUGGGAAAAAUCGAAUUUCGGAAUUUUAAUCUUCGUUAUAGUCUAGAUUUGCCAUAUGUCUUAAAAAAUCUCAAUGUUCAAAUACAGCCGAUGGAAAAAGUCGGAAUCGUUGGUAGGACAGGUGCAGGUAAAUCGUCCUUUAUCGGGGCAAUGUUUAGAUUCGCUCUAAAUGAAGGAUCUAUCUUAAUCGAUAAUAUAGAAAUACAUGAUUUGGGAUUACAUGACCUGAGAUCUAAGUUUUCCAUCAUUCCUCAAGAACCAGUUUUGUUUUCAGGAACAAUGCGAACAAAUUUAGAUCCAUUUGAUGAAUACCCUGACCUGGUUCUUUGGAAUGCUUUAGAUGAAGUAGAACUUAAAAGUGUCGUUGAAAGUUUGUCUAAUGGCUUAAAUUCAAAAGUGUCUGCUUUUGGUUCUAAUUUCAGUGUCGGCCAAAGACAGUUGUUAUGCUUAGCCAGGGCUAUAGUUCGAAGCAAUAAAAUUAUAAUAUUGGAUGAAGCUACUGCCAACGUCGAUCCACAUACCGAUGCGUUGAUUCAAAAUACAAUUAGAAAUAAAUUCAAAUCGUGCACAGUAUUAACAAUUGCUCACAGAUUGAAUACUAUUAUGGAUUCCGAACGGGUACUUGUUAUGGACGCGGGCACAGUAGUCGAAUUUGAUCAUCCAUAUAAUUUAUUGAAAAACGAGGAUGGGUUUUUAUACAAAAUGGUAGAACAAACGGGAAAGGUUACAUCAGAAUUAUUGCAUAGCAUGGCCUCUAAGAGCUUUGAUGUUCAGACGAAAUGAAAAUCUGGAAUUGAUGUAACUGUCAACGAUGUAUAGGUUCAGCCGUUCAGAAUUCAGUCUUAAAUAAAAAUAUUUUAUUUUUUUGUACGUGUACAUGUUAUAUAUAUAUGUGUGUAUUGUGUGGAACUAUGGUAAAUCUGUGAUGAUAAUAUAUAAAUUUGUAUUUUAUUAGGUGAAUU